UAAUGCCUAUCGUUGGCUACGAUUAAUCUGAAGAACAAUAGUUCGCUUAUUGUAGUCAAUUCGUUUGCUAGAACAUUAGGAGCCUACUAAAAGCUCAGUAAAAACAAAAUCAAAACCGUAUUUCGUGCGAAAACUCGAGUCAUGGACAACCCUCACGUCACCUACUUGACGAAUUUGUUGGCGAGAGAACCGGAAAAUGCGGACAAGAGUAAAAAAAAUAUAUUGGUCGUCAUUGAUCGAUAUGAAAAAAAUGGGCCAAUAUGGAAAUCGUUGGGCGGAGAAUAUUUGGAUGAGGUCGUUGGGCUUUACGCUGACAGGGGCCACAUCGAAUUUAGCCAAGUCCCGAGCCCAGACAAAAGUGUGUAUCACGGGAGUGUGAGUUUUCCAAGCUAAUCGAUCAUAUUUUUAAAAUAUAAACUUUUACAGAAACUGAAAAGCUGUACAAUGCUAUAUUGUCUGGCGUUAUAGGCAGUGAAGUCUCUUGUGAAUUGGACCUACUUUCUACGUACACUCAACUGCUCAUACCUGGUGGGCGGUUAAUCGUGAAAACUACAGCUGAUAACGAAGGACAAUGGAUUAAAAGACUGAAAAUGUGUGGUUUUCAAAUCGACACACCCGCAAUGGAGGGAAUCAUAAUCGGAUCCACUCCUUCGUAUAAAGUACGACACUAAUAUUUUAUCGUAUUCAUAUUAGUUAUCAACUCUAAUCUGCAUCUGUGUUUUAUGUGACUUAACUGGUUGUUAUUAUGUGAUCUACUGGAUUUGUUGCGUUAUUUCAAACUUCCAACAAAUCCAUUGAUCCAAAUACAGACGCUGUACACAGUAAUUGAAUGUGUAUCGUAUUUCUUAAAAUCAAUUCUUACACAAAAAUACAGUCAUAAACGACAUUUGACAAGUGUUAAUUAAAGUAUUAAAAAACUCCAUUUUUUACUUCUUUCAUUAUCUUUUAAAUAUUUUUGACCUAGGUUCUAUACAAAUUAUCUAAAAACCAAAAAAUUACCACAGCUGUUUUAAAUAAAUAAAUUUCAAUAAUUAAAAGAGAAAAACGAUGAAGCUCAAAUAGCUACAAAAUAUAAUCUUUAAGCAAUAAUAAAAGUAGAUAACAUAAUUUUAAUUUUCUGACAAUAUAUUUUAUUUUAUUAUUACAAACGGACAAGUCCAAUUAAAAGUACAGUAAAUUAGUCAAAAGUUAAGUAAUUAAGAUAUCCACCCAAAAGUGUGAUUGGUAUUAGCAGAACAAGGGGACAGACCAUGUAGACAUUUAGAAGGAAAUUAGAAGAUAAUGAGAGAUGUGAAAGAAAACAUAAGAGCAAAUGUAAUGUAGGGCUACACAAAAAUUAAUCUCAGACAAGGAAUAUUAAGCUUGUAGGUGACCAUUCUGAGGAACUUUUGCAGGAGCCAAACCGUUCAAUCAUAUCGCUGGUGGCAGAGGAAUUAGGUAUUAAGGACAGACUUGUAUUUCAGGUUGGGACGGGUGAGUGAGCAGUAGAAUGAUUUGAAAGGAGUAAUUAGGUGGAAAUUACCAGACAUGCAGCUAAUGAAGCGGAGGUGAUAAUAACAAAUAAAUGCUUUUAAAACAAAUUAAAUUAAAACUAAAUUUGGGUGUUAUGAUUAAUUAACACCCCUAUAAAAUCCUGUAACUUCAGUAUCAAUCAGUAAGGUAAGUCAUAUACAAUAUGAAUAGCUUGUACAUUCGGUGUAUUAUGUAUGGUAGUAUACAAGGUGAUCCAUUUAUCUAAUUGUUCAUUAUCUUGAAAAGUAUUAACUUUUUUCGGAAUUUGUCUUAUAGAACACUAAUACUACAAAUUUACAUUUAUUUUAUUUUUGGUAUAAAACGUCCACCUACUUUUGAUUUUCAAAUGAAACCCUAUAUUAAAAAUCCCAUUAAUAGAUAGAGAAUAGUAAUUUCAACACCAAGAUUUAUUUUUUCCUACAUAAAUGGAUAACCUCGUAUAAAUGAAUUUGGGUAAAUUCUUGUUCCAUUAGGUUGGCUCAAGUGAUAAGGUUACGUUUAACGAGUCUAAUGUCCUUGCGGCGUGGAAUUUGCAAGACCAAAAUGCAGAAACAAUAGCUGAAGAUGACUUAUUAGAAGCGGAUGAUUUAAAAAAACCUAUUUCAUCAUCACUUAGAGGUAAGAUUCUUUAUACGUGGGUCAUCGCGAGUAUAAUUUAAGUAUUAUUAUUAAUCUAACUCAAAUUUGUCGUAUCAAGUGUGUGCCACUACCAAGAAGGCCAAAGCUUGCAAAGACUGUAGUUGUGGAUUGGCUGAAGAACUUGAUGCAAUGCGUUCCAAAAGUGAAACGUCUGAAACGUCAAAACCUUUGCCAGACACGUCUAAUGCCAAGUCUUCUUGCGGUAGUGUAAGUGGAUAUAAACUAUUUUUCUCAUUUAUAGUACAUUUAUACAAAAAAAAAACUAAGCAUUAUUUUAUGUGAUACAUUUUUAGUGUUAUCUUGGUGAUGCAUUCCGUUGCGCCAGUUGUCCGUACUUGGGCAUGCCUGCUUUCAAACCUGGUGAAAAAGUCCAGCUCGCCGGGAAUUUGUUACAAGACGAUUUUUAAGUAGUACUGUUUUUCAUCAACACAAAUAUAAUAGUUUUUUUAUCUACGCGAUAUUUAUAUAUAUUAAAAUAACGGAUUUUAAUAUUACUAUACCAAAUAAUAAUAAACAAUAACAAUGUAAAUGAAAUGAAUAAAUGAGACAUUAGGAUUUUUUAUUCAAAUUGUAUUUUUUUCCCCUUAAACCAAAACAUAUUAAGGGCAUUACACAAAGAUUACAAAUGAAAAAAAAAAAAUAAUAAAAGAUUAACAUUGAGAAUUUUAUAAACUAAUUUAUAAUUUACAUAACUCAGUAGUUUUUUAAUCCACUAAGCUAUUGGCAGUCCGUCAUUUUUUUUUUUGUUUUUUUAUAUAAUAUAAAAUAAGUAACAUAAACACUGAAGCCGUGCGUACAAGAUAUAUAAUAUAUACAUAUUAUUUAUAAGUUUUUAGGUUUAAAAAUUGUUUUAAAUAUUAUUCAGUUCAGUGAUUUUAUUAUGUUUAAUUAUUUUUGUUUCAAUUAUUAUUGUAAUGAUUAUAAAAAGCGUUACAAAUUCUGCAAUUAUAAAUUAUUAUGUAGAUAUUUUAUAAAAAAAAUUAAAUGAAUAAAUAAUAAUAAUAAUAAAAAAAAAACCAAAAAAAAAUCAUUAUCCCUUACAUCUAUAAGUAAACAAACUCAAAUUUGAUCUUAAAAAAUUAUAUGAAUCCACUGACUUAGUCUAAACUAUUAGCAAAUCAAUAUUUUAUUAUCUAAAUGUUAAAGGGACACAUGUGUUGUUACAAUAAAUAUGUUAUUUAUUGUGAAUCAAGAAUUUGGAUGGAUGGCUGAUUUUCAGGCGUUUGCUAUUUGUUUGUUGAGAGCGAAACUCUCCAGGUAAGUGUGUUGAGUGGGUUUAUGUAGACGUAGCAUGUUCAGGGCAUCUUCCAGUUUAAACCAUUUACGCUUGCGGCCUAAAAACACAAGUAAAUUGUUAUUUAGACUAAA